AUGCCCUGCCCCCGGCCGCCCUGGCUCCACCGCCCCCGGACCCCCCAGGGCUCAGGCCCCAGCACCCCGGGCUCCCUGACCGCACCCCGCUCCCCCAGCAGAGGGGAGGACGAAGAUCAGGGCGAGGAGGAGGAAGGGGACUGCAUCCCAGGCUCGGGCCUCAUCUUGCCGCCGGCGUCCCCAGUGGAGUGCCUCAUCUGCGUGUCACCCUUUGAUAGCGUAUUCAAGCUGCCCAAGUGCCUGGACUGCGGCCAUGUCUUCUGCCUCGAGUGCCUGGCUCGCCUGUCUCUGGCCACAGCGGGCGGCGGCGACGCGGUGGCCUGCCCAGUGUGCCGCGCGCCCACGCGCCUGGCCCCGCGCCGCGGGCUGCCCUCCCUGCCCACGCAGCAUGGCCUCCUGCCCCGCACUGCGCGUAGCCCGCUGCCACGCCAGGGCUCCGUGCGCUUCGACCGCCGGCGUGGCCUGCUCUACCUGCGGCCCCCGCCCCCCGCGCCCGGGCCGCGCAAGGCCCGCCCGCCACCGCCGCCGCCGCCGCUGCGCCUCGGCCGCCCACUGUCCCGCCGCCUGACGCUGGCCAGCUCGGCCUGGGUCUUCCACGCGGCCGUGGCCCUGGCCGUGCUGGUGGCCGCGGGCCUUGUGGUCUCGGGCAUCUACAUCUUCUUCCUCAUCCCGCGCGCCUCCACCUCCGGCCCAGCGCGGCCCCAGCUUGUGGCGCUCGCCCCCGCUCAAGGCUUCCCCUGGCUGUCGCCUCGGCCCACACCGGGGGCGCUCAGGACCCCUGCCUGGACACCGCGCCCCAUGGACCAAGACCUAGACACCGCCCCGCCAGUGGCUGCAGAGGAUGCGCUGGCGCCCGAGGGGCUUCCUGAUGAGACACCGGACAGGCCCUCGGACCUCAAGUGGGGGGCGGAGGCUGAUCCUCACUGGGCCCCGCGGGCACGGGGCGGGAGGAGGCUGUGGGGGCCACAGUAA